AUGCUUAAUCGACCAGUUCUAACGAUGCUACUUUUCCUUCCAGUAUCGGUUUUUCUGAUGGUUUUUGCGGUCAUCGUAACUUCUUUAAACGUUAGCGCUGUUUAA